CAAGACAACAGGUACAGACAGGUCAUAUCAAUAUUGGUAUUUAUUUCAAAUUAAAAAUAGCAGUUCGAUCGAUAUCAUUGGAUAUAAUUUUGGCCCUUGUAAACUACAAUAGUUAUGAUACGUCUCCUGUAGACGGUAUAGUGAAACGCUUCUUGGAAUAUAUCGUUUUAUAAAUUAUAAUUAUGGCAAACGCAGUCGCUAAUGUUCAGAAAAAGACAGUCGGCUCCAACAACACAGGAGGAGUCCGCAAGAAGUCAGGACCUAAGUUUGAAUUAUCAGAUGAACAAAGAAAAGAUAUAAAGGAAGCAUUUGAUCUUUUUGACACAGAAAAUACAGGGAAAAUAGACACAAAAGAAUUAAAAGUAGCUAUACGAGCCCUAGGUUUCGAACCCAAGAAAGAAGAAAUUAAAAAAAUGAUUGCAGAAAUAGAUAAAGGUGAUGGGAAGGUAUCAUUUGAAGAUUUUCAAGAGCUGAUGACCGUCAAAAUGGCAGAGAAGGAUACUAAAGAGGAAAUAAUGAAAGCAUUUAAACUGUUUGAUGAUGAUGAGACAGGGAAAAUAUCAUUCAAGAAUCUCAAGAGAGUGGCUAAGGAGCUCGGUGAAAACCUGACAGAUGAAGAACUUCACGAAAUGAUAGAUGAAGCAGAUAGAGAUGGUGACGGAGAGAUAAAUCAAGAGGAGUUUUUGCGCAUAAUGAAGAAAACAAGCCUCUAUUAGAAUUAACAGAAGUAUAUGCUGUGUGUGGUAGAUGUUGUUCAAAAUAUGUUUGACUGCAACAAAAAACUAAUGUCAUUUACAUAAUGCAAUUAUUUCAAAUUUACAAAAAAAACUUCUGUUUUUGGAAAUGUCUCUUUAUCAAAUUUCCACAGGGUAUCCAGUUUUUAUUUAGUUCGAUAUUAUAAAUAUUUUCAUCUACUCUCUAACCCUGAAUAUCCGUUUGAAUUGGAAACACAGUUGCCAAUUGAAUUAAAAAAUAUACAAGUUAAUGUAGAUAGGUAUAAAUAUACUUUAAGUUCCUCUUAUAUCACCCCAAUAUAUGUAUUUUUUGGGAAACCAAUAAUUAUAUUUAAACAUAUUUUAAGAGUAUAAUCUCACUUUUUUCACACAGAAUAUUUUAAAAUUUAAGGCAUGAUUUUAGAAGUGAAUAUAACUUUGUUUAUUGUAACUUGCAGCUUAUACGGGUUGAAAAAAUCAAAACAAUAUUGGUAAGUGAAUGAUAUCUAGUGCUGGACAUCUGUAGUCUAUUAUCAUGCCCCUGUUCCAUUAUGUCCUGUUAAGUUCCUAUCAGCUCAACUGAGACAAGACAUCAUCUAAUAAUGUGUAACAGAUCCUAAUUAUUUCUUGUAUGUUUAGCUUUAUCACUAUAUCGUGUCUUGUCAUUGUAUAAAUUUACAGUGUGACCAUUAAUGCUUUGAUUUGUUGAAGGUAUUUAAGUGGGUGCAAUGAAAAAUUGUUAGUUGAUAGUUUACACUAGUUUUAGUUUAGUGUGUGUCACACAUACUGCCAAUAGUUUAUUUGGUUAUUAGAAUUUGCACAAUUUGAGUGUUCUUAAACUCAUAGUUAAUAUUUUAUUGUCAUGGUUUUGCUUAGUACUUACUUUGGUUUAGUCUUAUAUUUUAAAUAUUCAGAUCUACAUCUAAGUUUUAAAUUUUAAUUAUGUUGAAAAGAAUUAAUCGGCUAUGAGAUGAUAUUACUGUCUCCUGCUGAAAGUUUGAAGGGUAAUAAGGAAGUUUAUAUUGUAGUAAUAGAUGAAAUGAAAUAAUUUGUUACAACAUGAAGAUGCCAUAGGAUUAUAUUUUUAUUUUAAAAAGCAAACCUACAUUCCAAAUAUGUGUAUUUAAACAUGUACAUUUAUGGAUAUAUCAAUACAGUUAAUAUUAAUUCUAAAGUAAAGAUCUGAAUUCAAGAUCUGGUUGCAUAGCACUGUAUAUAAGGUUUUAUUGUCUAAAGAAAUAAUUUCUCUUAGUAUGUAAGUUUUUUUAUUACAUUAAGUUUAAGCUUAAGGCCUAAUCACAUACAUAUUAUAUUUUCUCAAUGACCAAUGUCCUACCUCUAAAAUAUGGUUUCUUUUACAAACUUUUAUUUGCCAAAGUGUAGUUUUAUUUAUUGGAAUAGUUUCUCAUUUGAAUAAAUCAAGAACACAAUAGUUGUUUCAAUUACAUUACUUCUUUUUUUUAAUCACCAGUUUUCCUAUUUGAAAUGAAAAUGUUUAUGUAGCGUUUCUUAUUUGAUUAAUUCAACAAGUACAAUUGUUUUUCUUCACAUCAUAAUUUGUUUUCAUGAUGUUACAGUACAUUAAGUUAAAUAUUAAGUUUCAUAGCUACCUUAUACAUUUUUAUGGAAGUACAUAUCUAAUUAAAAUCUAUUAUAAACACAAAUAAAUCUGAGAUUCCCAACAAUUCUAUUUUUUGUUGGUGAGUACCUAAGUAUAUAGUUUGAUGCUGGCUGACAUGAGUGGAAAAAAUUCUUAUCAUAAUAUUAUUACUAACCAUGAAGCAUUUGAUUGUGAAAUUAACAAUAGUUAUUUUUUUUUACUGAUAAACAAGUCUUUGGUGCUGAUAAACUUAUAUUUCAUCAUGCAUAAUCUUAUGAAAUGUUUUUUUUUUAUAUCACAGUCCAAUAGGUUUAUUUAUAAAUUUUGAUAUGAAAGUACUUAGUACUUCAACUGUCUUUUUUAUAUGUAUAAGGAAUAAAAAAAUAAGAAAAUGUAAAUUGUUCGCAAACCUCAAUUCAUACUACAGUAGAUAAUCAUUGUAUACAAUGCAAAAAUAAUCCCAAAUUAUGUACUUUACAAGGUUUUAAUUUAAAGCAAUUGAUAAGAUGGUCCUUUAAAUGAUUACAUAGUAGGGACAUACAUAAAAAAAGUUGAGUUUCUGAAAUAUUAGUACUUGUAUCCUUAAGGAUGCACACCAAAUCUCUCUAUUACACUGCCUUCAGGCUGCCCAAAAUAAGCUUUCUCACACAUAUUUACAAACAAACCUGUUUCAACCACACCAGGAAUCAUUUUUAUAAUGCUAUUGACUUUGUCCCAUCGUAAGUCCUGGUUGGUGAAUAUCCAAUCAAGGAUGAAGUUACCAUUGUCAGUCACCACGGGCCCCGCUUUAGCAACAGCUUUGCGUAACUUCACUUCUCCUCCAUACAGAGCCUGUAUCUUAUUUUGAAUAGGAACAUAUGCCAUUGGUACAACUUCUAUUGGAAUACCUUUUUUAUAUCUAUCUCCUAAUUUCACAGAAUCUUUAGUGUAGUCGGCUAUAACGAUGAGUUUCUUUGAGCAAGAGGCUACAAUCUUUUCUUGUAGUAAGCAACCACCACCACCCUUUAUCAACGUCAUGUCCGCGUCUACCUCAUCAGCUCCAUCGAUAGUGACAUCAAUCACUGGAUGUGUCUCCAGCUCGCCCAAUGUAAGCUUAUGUUUGAUGAUCAGCUGUUUAGCUUGAAACGAUGUGGGAAUGCAGGUCACCUUCAACUUUUCAGUCUCGACGCGUUCAGCCAGUCGUUGAACGGCGUAAACGACUGUAGACCCACUACCGACACCAAAAAUACAAUCUUUCUUUACAUACUCGUCAACUGCCCGGUGUGCGGCGAAUUGUUUCGCUUCUUCUAAAGACAUUUUAGCGUUUCUACAAGACUGGCUAUAUUUUGCGACUGCAGCACUGUGUUUCAAUAAAGUAGUUGCACAGACUUUAAGCAACAUGCAUCGGUGUUAUUCUUAGAUUAAUGUUAUAAAAUGUAUUAUCGUAACUACGUAUACCGCGCUGUUACAACACGUGCGAUAUCGGCUUGCCUUCGAGUCGAGAUGAAUUCGUUUUCUCUUUCUCACAUUCACAUCACUCAUUAUCGCGCUAUAAUGUCAUUGUCACAUUGACAGUGGCACCGUCAUUUGAUUUCUG